GUGGGCUGUGCAAGUAUACAAUCAUACCUAGCUAUAGAUCACUCGAGAGCGAAUUGCUCGGAUUUCUACAAAGCUCAGCCUUAUAUUAUGAGACAAUCCAAAGUUUUUUUUUAAUAGCACUGAUACAUGAGUCGGUCUCUGUGGUAUUAUAAAGCUAUAGAAGUCCCAGUCAGUAUGUAGUGUUCACCAGACAUCGCAGUAUGCGAUGGAAGCAACCUCAUGUUGACACCAGCAGGGUCAACAGGGCAACCGAGACCGAGUCUGACCGCUUUCAGAAUUCGAAUGGUAUUCAUUCCAUAACAUCCAGAGCGGAUCGUCCAAUUGAGCCAAUUUUAAUGAAGAAACCUCUGGGAAAUGAACCAACGGUUGAAAAAAAAACAUUGGCGUGGAUUUGUCGAGUUGCAUAAACGUCGAGAUUGCCGUAAUCAGAAAUGGCGGGUUGCUCCGGACUCGAUGCAGCGAAUUGAAUUCGCUAGCUUUGACCGAUU